AUGGCUACUGGAGCCGUUUUGUGCAAGCAGGAGCUGAAGAAGCUCUUGAGGAACGACCGACACUACUACUCAACUCCUGAACUGAAUGAUGUGCUCUUUCUUCAUUUCAAAGGCUACCGAAAGUUAGAAGCCCUUGAAGAAUUCACCGGACUCCGAACACUCCAUGCUGAGACGAACGCCUUUGGAAAGAUUGAGGGCCUCGAUGCAUGCACGGGUCUCCGUUCUCUCUAUUUACAAGAGAACUGCAUCAGAAAGAUCGAGAACCUUGAAAAGCUCUCUGAACUUCAAACCUUGAACCUUUCUAGCAACUUGAUCGAAACGAUAGAAAACCUGGGCCACAAUCCGCUUCUGCGAACGCUUCAACUCGAAAGGAACUACAUCGGACGCAAUGGAAGACAGGAUUUCGAUCAUCUUGCCUGUCUAAAGGCCUUGGCAGUUCUAGAUUUGUCGAACAACCAAAUCGAGGACCCCGCCAUUGUUUUUGAGGUGCUUUCUCAUCUUCCGUGUUUGAAGGUUCUCUAUCUGAAGGGGAAUCCAGUGAUUCGGCAAAUACAGAAUUACAGGAAAACCGUCAUUGUGACCCUGAAAGAAUUGACGUACCUCGACGACCGGCCUGUCUUCAUAGACGAACGUCGAUGCGCGAUGGCCUUUGCCCAAGGAGGACUCCAGCAAGAAAGAGAGGAGAGAGAAAAAAUUCGCAAGGAAAAAGAACUUUCCCAUGAGAAAAACCGACAGGCUUUUAUGAAGCUGAUUGAGGAAGCGCAACGCCUACGAAGGGAGAUGCUAGACAUGAGGGCAGAAGAUCGAGAGGACGACGAUUUACAUAACUACUUGGAGAACCUAGAGCGCAAUCGGUUUAAUUCAACGCAGGCCCCGCUGUCUGAGGAUGAAAAUGGUCGCCAAGUAGAAGAAACCGCUCGUGCACUGAGAGAAGCCAGCGCUGCACGAAAUGCCCGUCAUCUCGACUCCAUUCGGUCUAGAGAAACGCAGCUGCUUCCAGAGCUAGAAAUGCUCUCCUUUGCUACGCCGCCUACAGGGACUCCAACAACUGAUCGGAGUCAUGUUGUGCCUAGCCUGGGUGAAAGCCUACCAGACGACAGCUGGAGCAUUGCGACGAGUCAGAGUAACUCUGGAAAGGAUGCAUGCUCAGAUUGUGAACAGAAGGAGGAGUCCGAUGAUGUCGGCUCCAAUCCAGGUCGAAGCAAGUCCGACAGCUCCGAAUGUUCGGGUGGAACAGAAGCCAAUGCGGCACACGUGGACAUCGACACUCCUCGUGAGCGAAGCGUGCGCCGAAACGAGCUUAACUUUGACGCAUUGGACUAA